AUGCAAAAGCGUGACGAUCUGCCAGACCUGUUUGUGGCAAAUGCGGACUUCAUCGGUUGCGUUACCAAGUUGAAUGCCAAUCCCAUGAUUCCGGCUCCGGGACCCAACGUCAUCCGCGAAGGAACCGACGGAAACCCAUGCAUAAGCCCGAGUUUUUGGUUGCCUCACGCCGGCGCAGACUGCCCGGAGCCAUCGCCCCCAUACGACAGUGAAGAACGCGGCGCCAAUAACGGUAAUGGCAGCGGGAGCAUAGCUCCACCAGGCAGACUUCUUACAUCAACAGCAGCCACUAUUGGAAGCGCUCCCCUAUCAGACACGACGGCGCUCCUUGCAUCAACAACCCCUAAUGUUGGAGGAAAUGGAGCGAAGAGCUAUAUGGGAGCAUCGGCUACCUCCGACACUAUUUUUAUCCCUAGUGGCACAGCGUCAUCAGGCACUGGUUCUACUGGGGAGAGUGAGCAAGGCACCAGGGGUAACCUAGAUGAAGAGAUUCCUGAAAAGGCUCGGUCACCUUUUCCAAGUGCGGGACUCGACCCGUCGUCCUCGUUAGAGGCGUACACGAGUCAGCGCAUCCGUAUUUGA